AUGGCAGAUCUGCAAACCCAAGUCUUCGACGCCGUAGAUGAUGAGCUCUCAUACAUUCUUUUGACGGAACUUCUAGCAUACCAAUUCUGCUCCCCAGUGCAAUGGAUAACGGCCCAGGACGCCUUCCUAGGCGGACCGCAAGGGGCCACCCGCAUCAUUGAGGUCGGCCCGGACCAGACACUGCUGAACAUGGCCCGCAAGACUCUCACGACCGAGUUUGCCACCGAGGACACGGCAUAUGGGAGGGUGAGGGAACUGCUUAGCUUGAAGAAGGAUGCAAAUACGAUCUACUACCGGACCGAGGCACAUGUCGCAUUGCCAGAGCCCGCGCCGGCGGAAGCCCCGGUUGAGAAAACUACGGCUGUGUUUGUUCAACAAGUGAAUGGUGUCGCCAAUCCGACCCCAAAAACAGCACAUGCACUUAUUACCGACACUCCUAUUCCCGCCCUCUCAAUCCUCAUCCUUUUAAUCGCCACCUCACUUAAAAGGCACGCCAUCUCUCUCCCCACCGACAUACCCAUAAACACCCUCUGCGGCGGUCGCUCGACCAUCCAAAACGAGAUUAUUGGAGACCUCACCAAGGAGUUUGGUGCGCUCCCUGACCAGCCCGAGGCCAUGAACAUUGCUGAACUCGCUGCCCAGCUUCCCAACGGAAGGCUGGGCCCCUGCAGCAUGGCGCUCGUCAACAAGAUGGCUGGCAUGAAGCUGUGCGCCGGCGGAAGCGUGGCGAGUUUGAGAAAGGCUUUCGAGGGUAAAGGAUUCGGACCAGGCAUGCAAGACCGCGCGCUCGUCAAGUGCGUGGCUAUGCAGCCGGACGUGAGAUUGGCGACCCAGAAUGACGUAGACGGGUUUGCGGCCGAAGUUGCCAGUGCCGUGCUGAAAGACGUCGGUAUUGAUCCGGCUAGUGUGGCGACCAUCGACCAGGACAUCAGCUCAACUGAGACAGGACAAGUUGUAUCCUCCAAGGCGUUGCAAGAUCUACGGGUCGAGAUGCAAGGAACAUACAAAGACGUGAGGCAGCUGCUAGCUCGCCACUCUGGCCAAAACUAUGAGACAACCGCGGCGGAGCUCACCACGCUCCGUGCUGCGGUAGGUGACUUGCAGCAACGAUUAGACGCAUGGACAGCUGAGCUAGGGGAUAAGUUCGAGGUCGGCAUCGUCCCUGCACUGGUCGGGUGCCAGCAAAAAGUGCGGGUGUAUGAGUCCUGGUGGAACUGGGCUGUCCAAGACGUCCUGCGGCUGUUCCACGGGCUCGCCUCUGGUAAUGUGAGCUUGGACUGGGCACAAGACAUGAUUGAAAAGGUGGCAAGGAGAAGCUCUGAUCGGCUAGUCAAGGUCGUGGAGUGGUAUUCGAGAAGGGUGCAGACGCUGCCUGCGGGUGAACAAAGAGAAAAUGCGCAGCACUUCAUGACCAUGUUGGAAACCCGGGUAAAAGCAGCGGCAGGGCAGGAAGCCACUGUGUUCUGCCACACAACCCUGUCCACAUCGUCGCUCCUUCAGUACAAGACAGAUAGGAAGUCAAUGGCGGAAGAAACCAUCCGCAUCUUACCAGAUUCCGCCCCUUCGUCGCUCUUCUCCAGCAGCCCAUCGACACCCUCCUUCCCCGACGUGUCGGCAAUCAGGCCAUUUUGCACAAGCGGCACUCCUUUUAUCAAAACUCUUGAUAACCGCGACGGCUGGAUAUAUAAUACAGUCCUUUCUACGGCUUACACGUCUUGGUUCGAACACUCGGCUUUAUCAGGCAUCUCCUUUACCGACAGGACUGUACUGAUUACAGGCGCUGGUCGAAAUUCCAUCGGCGCCGAGAUUGUCUCGCUAUUGCUUUCCGCCGGCGCCCAAAUAGUUGUCACCACCAGCUCAUACUCAUACGAAACCCUUGCCUUUUAUCGGAGCCUCUACAAUACUCACGGGGCUCGCGGAUCUAAGCUCGUCGUUCUUCCCUUCAAUGCAUGCAGCGCAUUGGACGUGGACGCGCUGGUAGCAUAUAUUUACAAGGAUUUGUGUUGGGAUUUGGACCAUGUUAUCCCGUUUGCAGCCAUUAGCGAGACGGGUAGACCAAUCGAUCGCAUCGAUUCUACGUCCGACCUCGCCCACCGUGCUAUGUUAACAAACAUAGUACGUUUACUUGGGGCUAUCAAAGCGGCCAAAGAAACCCGGGACAUUUGGACCCAUCCAACACAUGUAUUAUUGCCACUGUCUCCCAACCACGGAUCUUUUGGGCAGGAUGGGCUGUAUGCCGAGUCCAAAUUCGGUUUGGAGGCCCUGCUAUAUAAAUAUUUUUCUGAAAAUUGGACAGACUUUCUUAGCCUGUGCGGUGCGGUUAUCGGUUGGACCAAGGGCACUGGGCUGAUGGCGGACAAUGACGCGCUUGCGGUGGGCGUCGAGGCCGAAUUGGGGGUGCGCACCUUUUCCAUCCAUGAGAUGGCAUGGCAUUUGGUCGGCCUUCUCGAUUCGGAGCAGCUCCGCACAGCAUGCGACUCUGGCCCGCUUAUGGCUGACAUCUCGGGCGGGCUGACUCCUUGGUUAAAGCUACAGCCAGCAUUGGACCGCAUCCGGCAAAGGGUGAAGGACCAGGCCGACGUGGAAAGAGCCCUCGCAUUCGAGGAGGCACGCAACAGCCAAAAUAAGACCAAGGUCAAGUUAACGCCACUUGCCAGGCUCAAGGUCAAUGCCAUGGAGCUCCCAGUUUGGAAAGACGUCGAGCCCUAUACGACCGCCCUGCAAGGAAUGGUUGACCUUGAUCAAGUUGUUGUGGUGGUUGGCUUUGGAGAGGUGGGAUCUUGUGGCAGCUCCCGCACACGCUGGGAGCUCGAGGUUAACGGUACCCUCUCCAUAGAGGGUUGUCUGGAACUGGCGUGGGCUAUGGGCCUCGUCACAUACCACAAGGGCCCAUUGUCGCUGUCACGGGCUGGCGGCAGCAACAACUAUUAUUCUGGGUGGUUGGAUGCGGAGACCAAAACACCCAUUACCGACUCCGAAAUCAAGACAAGGUACGAAGGCCACAUUCUCGCCAAUACGGGCAUCCGACCUCGAGCACGUCGGGGCCAUGAUCUCGUCGGCCCCGAUUCGGAGCAGGAGCUCCACGAGAUUAUCUUGCAACAGGAUCUUGCCCCCAUAGCUGUGAGUGCUGAAACAGCAGCACACCUGGUCCGGCAGCACGGCUCCCACGCAAGUAUUACGCAAGCCGAUGGUCAGGUAUACGUUACCAUACACUCGGGAGCAACCCUCCUUCUUCUAAAAUCCAAGCCAUUCGACCACACUAUAUCCGCGCAAAUGCCGACAGGCUGGUCAGCGGCACGAUACGGUAUUCCAGAGGAUAUAAUUUCACAAGUCGACCCGGUUACACUUUACUCUUUAGUGGCCGCCUCGGAAGCCUUCCUUUCGGCGGGCAUCCCGGAUCCUUUCGAGCUAUAUGGUGACGAUAUAGGGAGCGGUCCCGCAGAGGUUGGAAAUUGUCUAGGUACUAGCAUGGGUGGCGUACAAGCGACAUUUGACCUGUUCAAAGGCCAGUUUCUUGGGCGCGAAAGCCAAAAUGACGCGCUUGCUGAAUCCUUUGCCAACACGCCCGCUGCCUGGUUAAACAUGCUGCUCCUGGGGGCCGCGGGGCCCAUUCGUACCCCUGUAGGAGCAUGUGCCACAGCCCUUGAGAGCCUUGAUAAUGCUUACGACCUACUGGUCCGUGGGCGGGCAAGAUUCGUUUUGGCAGGAGGGGCGGACUCACUAGAACGGGACGUCGCGCAGGGUUUCGCACGGAUGGGCGCAACCGUUGACGGCACAGCGGAGGCGAGCAAGGGCCGCACGCCGAUGGAGGCUAGUCGACCCAUGGCUUCGACGCGGGCUGGGUUUGUGGAAGGCGAGGGUUGCGGCGUGCAGAUCUUAACCACGGCCCGCACGGCAAUCGACCUAGGCCUGCCGGUUUACGGUGUUAUUGCUCUUACACAUACCGCUGCUGAUGGCAUCGGGAGGUCGCUGCCUGCGCCUGGCAAAGGAGUGUUGACUGCCGCCGCAGAGUGUGGCAAUGCCCCUGGGGAUGUGCUGGAUAUCGGGUACCGUAAAGCACAGCUUGAUACAGAGCUGGCCCGGAUAGCUCGGGAUCGAGAAGCGGAGUUUGAAUUUAUAAACAGCCAGCAACAAAUUCCAGCCGCCGAGAAAUCCCGAAAGCUAGCACAGGUUAUUUCCCGCACCGAGGCCGCAGUCCGCUCGGCGAGACAGUACUACUGCAGCCGUCUUUGUUUUGACAAGACCAUAUCGCCUUUACGGGGUGCGCUGGCGGUAUGGGGGCUGACAAUCGACGACGUGGAGGUCGCCUCGAUGCAUGGCACCAGCACCUCCCUGGGCGAUAUAAACGAGGCCAUGGUCCUCCAGUUGCAACUUGCACAUUUAGGCCGCAAGCCAGGAAACGUUAUGGCGUGCGUCUGCCAGAAGUCUGUCGUGGGCCACGCCAAAGCCGCAGCCGGAGCUCUGGCCGUUAACGGGGCGCUGCAAAUCCUCUCGUCCCAAGGCUGCGUCCCCGGCAACCGGCAUCUGGACGAUGUGGAGGUCAAACUACGGGAGAAGGAUAUGCUUUUCUUCCCCGGGCAGACAGUAGAUAUUGGACAGGGGAUGGUAAAGGCGGUUACAAUUACGAGCUUUGGGUUUGGCCAAAAGGGUGCGCAGGUUCUUGCCGUUAAUCCGGCUUUGCUUUUCGCUGCCCUUCCCGGUGGUGAGCAAGAGUAUGAGGCAUAUUUGCACAAGUCAAUGGAACGGAGGGCAAAGGCAAACAGAGCUUUCCAACAGGUGCUGUAUGGCGGUAGUGGGAUGGUGAGAGUCAAGAAAGAAGGCUUAGUUGGGAAGGAAGAAGUUGGGAGGGUACUUUUACAAAGAAAGUGA